UGCAUUUGAGAUAAUUUUAUCACUGUAUCCGAUCAUUGUUAUUAAUCAGUACUUUAAACGUAUCUUUAGAUAAAAACAAAUCUUAUCUAGUAAAUUAUAUUGAAAGAUAUUACAAAGAACCAAAAAAACUGUGCACAAAUUAGUUAUUUUUUUACUUUGUUCACAACAAAAACAAAUGGAGCGUUUUUUCUUGGCGAUUUUGUUGUGUUUACUCGCUUCAAUUUGCGAACCGACAUGUGACGACAUUUUAAUAACGGACUUCUCGCAAGACAAUUGCAUCGCCAUGCAAACGACGCGCGACACGUUUUACUACUGGAUCGACAAGAUGAAAUCCUGCAUACCGCAAUGCGUGGCGUACGAAGAAAAAGGAUACUUGAGGAAAAAAUGCCCGUGCGUGCCGGGCUACGUUUGCGGGAAACGUUGUUCCGGGACUACGGACGCUUAUUUGGUGGAGUGCGAAACAAAUGCAGACUGCAAAGCUUUUCCCAGAUCCAGAUGCAUCGAAACCUGCGUAGCGGAUGCAAGAACUUGCAUGGCCUACUACGCCAACACGACGGAUUACCGUACCAACAAAUUCACGGCGCAGAAGUUCAAACCGGCCUGCCAAAACGACGGGUUUUGGAAGGCGAAGCAGUGCAAAGGAGGCGUCAGCGGUAGAUGUUUGUGUUUCGAUUCCAUCGGCAACAGACUCUUCGGCGAAGCCAGAUAUUCCCAAGCAGCCGAUAUGACGUGCGCUUGCAGUAGACGUAAAGCCGAAUUGCUAGCGGCUGGAAGGGAUUACGUGUCUUUCCACUGCAACAGCAUGGGGAACUACGAAGAAUUGCAGUGUGACAGUGGCCUGUGUUGGUGCGCCGAAGAGAAGACUGGCGAACCUAUUUCUCCUUUGGUGCCGGAGAAAGCGAUGGUCAAAUUACCUUGCUACGUAGCCACCAAAGUAGGCGCGCAGUAUCUGAGACAGUGCGACAGCGUAACGUACGCCAAUGCCAAAAUCGCAAAGAUCCUAAAGCAACACGGCGUGACGCACGUCAAUAUGGGAGUCAAAUUGUGCGACGGUGACGGUGCCUUCGGCGCUUUCAAUAUCAGUCAAGGGAUAGCGUAUUGCACUUGGAGAGACGGUACCAAAAUCAGUACCUUUCAGGGUGAUUCUAGCACCGAUAUCGGCAGCUUAAAUUGUAACUGCGCUAGAGAUUACAAAAGAUACAAUCAUGGUCUUACUUGUUUGGGAAAUGGUAAUUACCAACCGUAUCAGAGUUACAUUGAAAAUAUGAAAAAUUAUUACUAUUGCAUCGACGAUGAUGGUUUUCAAAAAACUGAGAUUAUCGGGCAAAGAUUGGAUAAUUGUACUUUAUAUUACUAACAAUAAUAUGUUUCACUAUUUAUUAUAAUAUGUAAUAAAAUUUAUUUGUUAAAAAGCA